CUCCCCCUUUUUUUGGCAGACAGGCAACUGAAGUAAGUCCAGAUUACUGUGUAGGGGGCAGAGAGAGCGUCCCGCUUAGCCACGGGGAGGAAGGAGUGAAGCUGGGCUUGCGCUCCAGCAGCAACAAACUUUUAGGCCAAGGGGCACCAGCCUUCUCUUCCUGAAUUUCUCCCCAAAGGUGCUGAGCAGCCAGCAGCAAGAUGGCAUCCUCUGGUAGCCCGGGAACUCGUAUGACUUCCACAGUCAGCAUCAAUAUUUCCACUCCAACUUUCUACAACCCGCAGAAGAAGUUUGCACCAGUGGUUGCCCCUAAGCCCAAAGUGAACCCCUUCAGGGCUGGGGGUGCCAUGCCUGGGAAUGCCUCAGAGCUGCCACUGCCUCAGCCUUCUGGGGCUGGUGCCCAACGUGCUCAGAUAGGGAAAGUGGGGGAGAUCCCACCAGCUGCAGCACCUUUGCUUGCUGAAGAGCUGCCACUGCCACCUCCACCCCCUCCAGGAGAGGAGACAGUCAUCUCCCCAACCUGUGCUUUCCCCCCACCCCCACCACCAUUCGAAGAGCCCUUCCCCCCGGCCCCAGAAGAGGUUUUUCCUUCUCCCCCUCCCCCCAUGGCUGACGAGGGGCUUGUGACUGGGGUGCCUGCCCCACAGGUGCGUGGGAAGAUGAAUAGCAUUGAUAUGGAGAUUGACUCGCUGUCCUCAAUGCUGGAUGACAUGGAGAAGAAUGAUCCCUUCAAAUCCCGGGUGUCUCCAGGAUUCACAGCUCCCCUGGAAACCCCUUCUGCCCCUAAAGGCCAUGUAGAAAUCAUGGCUGCACCUAAAGAUCCCCCAACUCCUGCUUCUUUCCCCCCCAAGUUCACCCCAAAACCCAGUGGAGGAUUCAUGCCAAAACCUUCUCAAGUGGAUGUGGUCCCUGCACCAGCACCUUGGGCAGCCCCAAUGCAGCGUAGAGACUCCCCAGCAACACAGUCCAGAGCACUAGCCCCAUCUGCACCCCUUCUUCCCUCAGCCCAGCCUGCCCCUAAAUUUACCCCACCCCCUGUUGCCAGCUCCCCCAAAUUUGGAUCCAAACCAGCUGCUAGUGCUUCUGGGGUCCCCACAAACUCCAUGAGAUUUACUGCCCCUCCCCCUACUCAGACCCAAUUCACAACCCCUUCAGCUAUGGGCUUGGCCCCAAGGCCCCAGCCUCCCAGUUUCACCUAUGCCCAGCAGCAGGAGAGACCUCAGGUGCAGGAGAAGCCACAUCCCACAGGACAGCCUGCCACCCCACGGGACAUGCACAGGGCUCUUGUGGGAACUGGUUCAGAGCCCCCCAGGGGAAACUCCUCACUGACCAUGAAAGAGGUGGAGGAGCUGGAAAUGCUGACCCAGAAGCUCAUGAAGGAUAUGGAGAACCCACCCCAUGCAGAAGCCUCCACUUCUGAGCUGUGCGGCCUCUGCCGGAGGCCCCUGUCCCGAACUCAGCCAGCUGUGCGUGCUCUUGACCAUCUCUUCCACGUGGAGUGCUUCACCUGCUUCAAGUGUGAGAAGCAGCUGCAGGGGCAGCAGUUCUACAAUGUGGAUGAGAAGCCCUUCUGUGAGGACUGUUAUGCCGGUACCCUGGAGAAGUGCAGUGUCUGCAAACAGACCAUCACAGACCGGAUGCUGAAGGCCACAGGCAACUCGUACCAUCCCCAGUGCUUCACCUGUGUGGUGUGUCAGACCCCCCUCGAGGGGGCAUCUUUCAUUGUGGACCAGGCCAAUCAACCCCACUGUGUGGAUGACUAUCACAGGAAGUAUGCCCCCCGCUGCUCAGUCUGUGCUGAGCCCAUCAUGCCAGAGCCUGGAAAGGAUGAGACGGUACGUGUGGUGGCCUUGGAGAAGAACUUCCACAUGAAGUGUUACAAGUGUGAGGACUGUGAGAGGCCUUUGUCUAUUGAGGCAGAUGAGAAUGGCUGCUUCCCCCUGGAUGGUCACGUACUGUGUAUGAAGUGUCACACCACUCGUGCCAAAGCUGCGUGCUGAGGGGCUUGGAGUGGGGUAUGCCCCUGAUACCUCUCCUCCCCCAUGCCAAUGGCCUGCAUUCCCCUGCUCUCAAUGGUCCAAUCCCUUUGCCCCACAGAGCACAUUCCUACUUAGAUACCCUGGCAAUGAUCCUUCCUUUACACAGGGAUCACCACCCCAUAUCCCCUCCUCCAUGCCAGGAUCCCCCUCUGCAAUGCCUGCUUUUCCUGGUCCCAGUGCGUUCCAGACUGGGGAGUGUAGGAGAUCCCUCUGUUUUUCCCCUAAAUUGCUCUAGAAUGGACAUUUCAAUAGUCCUGGAGGAAAUAGGUUGGCCUCUCCAACUCUGUGCUCUCUCACUCCUUCAGCUCCACUUGGUAGAGCUAGACAUUACUACCUAGUGGCUGUGUCUGAGGCUAAAGGUAUCUUUGCUCCAUGGAGCAGUACACGUAUUUGACAUUGUGAGAUGAAGUGCCCGUCUUUUCAGUGCUCCUUUCUCUGCUGUCUCCCUCACCCAUAUCUAGGAGCAUAGGCAUAUUUCUGAGAAGAGUGGAGACAGAGCUUGGUGGGCGGCCUUGCUCCCUGGGCUGGAAAGAGUUAAUCUAGGUUAUAGCUUUCUUGCCUCUGUCAGAGCUCACCAGCUGACUGAUCCUGUCUAACAUUUUUCCCUGACAGAUAAACCUGUCAGUCUGGGGAGGGGCCUCUCACUGGGUUUGGGACCCUCUUCCUCCCCUCCCAGAAGGUCUGUACUCCCCAUUUCCUUUCACUCAGUGUCUUCCUUGGUGCUUGGCCCAGUCGCUUGGCAUAGCAAACUAUCCAAAGGAUUUGUGUUUACACAAAGGACUCCGAGAGCUCAUUGUGGAGGCUGCCAGCACCCAGUAGGGAAUGGCCCCAGGGUGUGGUAUGAGGAUUCACUGCCAGCACAAGGUUGGAGGAAUGUCUCCCCAGGUACCAAUAGGCAUUGCUCACUGUUACUGGGAAGGCUGCAGUGAUAAUUGCAAUGUCCUAAUUAGCUCUGCCUGUCACUAGGAUGAUCCCCUCUUCCUGGGCUGGAAUCACUCUCUGACUGAACCAGCAUUUUGGAUAUUGUACUUUCCAGCCACUAUGUGCAUCUAAAUAAAUUUUUUUUAUUGAAAUCUC